GUUGCUUCCCCUUCUCAAGCCUUUUUCUGCAUUCCUGCCUCGCAGCUGAGCUCCCAGCCAACCAUGACUUCUGUCAGCUAUAUCUUUAUUACAGGCAGCAAGGCAAAGCCAAGGAAGCCCCCACUGAGCCCCUGAACUUGCCUGCCCUCCUCUCCUAGACAAGAUCCCAAUCUGGAGCCUAUUCCCUAACUAUGGCUUCUUCUUGCUCAGCCCUCCUGCUAGGGGAUUCCGCUGCCUUUGCUGCCGCCCUCAGGACUCUCAUCAACAACCCACAGUUCAGUGAUGUGACAUUUCUGGUUGGCAGAGAGCAGCAGGAAAUCUUUGCCCAUCGCUGCCUCCUUUCCUCCCGCUGCCAGGCACUCCAUGCAAUGCUAAGCCAGCCCCAGGAGAUACAAGCCCCACUGAUCCUGAGCCACGUGCAGCCAGAGGUGUUCCUUGCAGUCAUUGAGUAUCUGUACACAAAUAGUGUCACCCUCAACAGCAUCAUUACCCUGGAAGUCCUGACUUCAUCCAUAGAGUAUGGGCUGGAUGAACUCAGAAAGCUAUGUAUUGAAUUCAUCAAAGAUACACUGAGUGUGGAGCAGGCCUGUGAAGCCUUUCAGGCAGCAGUAGCAUAUGGGCAGGUGGAUUUGCAGAUGCAUUGCCUGGCUUUUAUCGAGAACUUCACGCGGGAGGUGGUGCAAACACGUGGCUUCUUGGAAUUGUCGGAAUUGGCAAUGCAAACUAUAUUGCACAGUGACUGCUUGGCCAUCGAUGAGGUGAAGCUGAUUCGUGCUGUUCGGGAAUGGGCUCAUGUUGGAUCUGCUGUGCUGGACAGGACUGUGAGUGAUGUGGCAGCGGCAGUGGUGCCAGGGCUGCGUCUGGCUCUGCUGUCAGCAAGUGAGCUGACCACUCUGGAGGAGGAGAACAGAAAGGACCAGAUGAUUCCGGUAGAAAGUCUGGCUCAGGCCUGGAAGAUGCAUGCACUACGGAAGGGGCGUGGAAAACGAUCUUCCUUGUGUCGACGCCGACGUGGCACUCUGCCCCGGGAACAUCAUCGCCACCUUGACCCACAGCACAAGUGACAUGGUGUCACCUUAAUAAGAAAGGAGCAGUACUUCUAUGCCCAACCCAGCCCAGCCAACUUUGGUCAUCUUGGAACUGGGAAGUAGCAGCUGCUGCUUUGAAUGCCUCUGGGGCAUCCUGCCUGCAGCCUGAGCUACAUAGCCCAACUAGUGCAAAGAGCUAGAGAAGAGUUCCUAUUGUGUAAGGGGGAAAAGCUUGGCUUCCAUCAGUGAUGGACAGAUUCCAACUAGGCUAUAUCUAUAUCUAAUAUUUUGAUUUUUGAUUCUCUUGUUUCUUAUAAUCCAUUCCUGUUCCUGGUGUAGUGAUGAGAGUGUCAGACUAAAAUUGGGGAGAAAGAGGUUCAAUUUCAGAUUCCCAUUCACCCAUGAAGAUUGCAAAGUGACCUUGGGCCAGUCACACUCUCUCACAGACUUGUUGUGAGGAUAAAAUGGGGUAGAGGAGUGCCCUAUGGUUCCUUAAAAGAAAGGCAAGGUAUACAUGGAAUACAUAAACAAAUAGUGUCAGCUCUUUCUCCCAUAGUCAAACCUGCUUCAUGAUAAAACUUUUCCUUUGUGGGACUUAUUUAUGAUUGAGACAUUGGAGCAGAAAUUAUGGGCUGAUUAUGUUAGAAAUGCAGAGUCUAAAGUCACAUGGCAGCCUUCAUCCAUCCUGGAUGAGUCUCAGAAGAACAAUUUGGGCAUAUCAAUGCUAGAAAGGCAUCUACUAAGUAGCAGCCAAUGUGGUGGGGCUAUGUAGCUGUCCUCCCAAUACUGGCAUUUCUGCAGCUUACCAGGAUGGGGAUGGGGUGGAGCAGCAGUGAGGCUGGAGCUGUAUAGACACCCUAGUGGGAGUACCAGAUGGUUCUGCCCCUAGUUCAGAUAAGCUGCAGCGACACCAGUGUCAGGAGUGUGGCUCUGAGCUCUGUCCCACCACAAAGGCCAUUACUGCAUCUGCUUGUAAAGACUAAUGAACUUGGUCUAACGUGACUGGGAUCCACUUGGGCAAUUCCUACAUCAGGAUAGGAACCUAUGGCCUUCCAGAUGUUCUUGGACUCCAACUCCCAUCAGCCCCAGCCAUCAUGGCAAAAGUCAGGGGUGCUGGGAGUAGUUGUUAUAAUUAUUGUCCAGCAACAUUGGGAGGGCCACAGGUUAUAUUUAUUAUUAUAUUAUUAUAUUUAUUCAUCAUUUGUUAUACCUAAGCAGUAGUAUAAUGGCAAAUUCAGAAGUGCAGGGUCCCUUCAUGUUAGUCACAGUCAUCACCCCGCUUUUUUGCUGUUGGGUUAAAAAUGAGUUCCUUCUCCCACAACAGCAGAUAUCCCUGGGAGCCAAUAAGCGUGAAAGGGGAGAGUGUUAGCUACUAAGAAGAGUCUUCUCAGAGGCUAGCUCACCUCGUUUCACUCUGAUUGGCUCCAACCUGCAGGAAAGAACAACAGGUAUACCCCGGAGCUGAGAGUGAUGAAGCAAGAGAGAAGGAGGCUGGAGUGCAGAUGGAGACGAACUCCAGACGGAUGCAAUUAUGCUUUGGUAAGUGCCUCUACUAAGUCGUACAUAAAAGCGGUAAGGGCGGCGAAGAAGUCCUACUUCGCUGCCUCUAUCAAUACAUCUCUCUGCCGCCCAGCAGAGCUUUUUAGGGUUGUACGAGGACUCUUACAUUCUGGUCCUCAAGAUAACAUUGAAACAUCUGAAGCUCGCUGUAACGACAUUGCAGGGCACUUCCAAAAUAAAAUCGCAUGCAUCUGUAGGGACCUAGACUCUGAUGUUACGACAGAUGAAUCCAUUGAAGUGUCCAGAACACGGUCUUGUCUUUCAUUAUUGGAUGAGUUUCAGUUGGUGCAGCUUGAGGAAGUGGACAAGGUGCUUGGAAUGGUGCGGGCGACCACGUCUGC